GGCCGGAACACACCGGGGACAGACGCAGGAAUAAACAACCGAAAUUAGCUCUGACUCUUUUUACAAUGCCCUUACGAACAAAACUGAAGAAUUUUCUCAUGCAAUAUUCGGAGGUGCAGGUCAAGGUUAGGGAAGCUACGUCAAAUGAUCCCUGGGGUACAUCUGGAAGUCUGAUGGCGGAGAUCGCCAAAAUGUCAUACCACACUGACUCACUGUCAGAAAUUAUGCAAGUACUAGGGCAGAGGCUGAAUGACAGCAGGAAAAACUGGCGCCACGUCUACAAAUCUUUAGUCUUGUUGGAUUACUUAAUCAAAAAUGGAUCAAGACAAGUUAUUGUAUAUUGUCAUGAAAAAGCCUAUGAUAUUUGGCUGCUGAAAGAUUUUACAUACGUAGACAAAGCUGGAAAGGACCAAGGAUUUCAUGUGCGUCAACAAUCCAGACAUAUCCUUGAUCUGCUUAGAGAUGGACGAAGGCUGAAAUUAGAGCGUGAAAAAGCACAACGCAUACAAUUCCGAAUGUUCUUUCCUGCGUCCCAGAACAUGUAUAAGCUACGACCUACAGCUCCCGAUAUUGGAUCAGUGAUAGAGAAGCAACAAGCACAACACAUUAAAAAACCAAGUAUCGAUUCACCUUCCUGCACUGUAGAGAAAAUCAGCAGCUCCCAACCUGUUCAGGAUUUAAUGAUUUGUGACGAUAAGGCCCAAUUAUUACACGCAAGCUCUGAAGAUCAACGAGCAGCACCUGUUCCUUUAGAUGUGGUGGUGUCCCCUCCGGAUCCUCUGAAGGCAGGUAUGAUAAUCUGCAGAGUGCAGUCAAGUCCUAGAGUGCGUCUGGAGUACAUAGGAGGCCUCAAGUCUACAAAUUUUAAUGAAAUAGAGCCCCAACCAGGUAUUCCAAAAAACCAAAAAGAUACAGGAGAGAGAAAACAACAGGCAAUAUCAUCCAAUAUGCUCAACCCAUCCUUUAGACUAGUGAGUGAAAACACAAUAUCGCAUAGUACCAAAAAGAAAAGUGACUGCAAGGAAUAUAGACGCGACAAAAGUCAGAAAUUACCAACUAACAUGUGGGAUGUAAAGAAUCCAGUCACAUCCCCAAUACAGGAUAACAUCACUUGGGCAGAUGUUCUACCGACACUUGUGGCAUCACUGUCUAUGUCUGCACAGAAUGGCUUUUAUCCUCAACAAAAAGACAUUUCAGUAACUGAUAGCAACUCUGUGCCAGCACCACGAGGAUCUUCUUCUUCCCAAUUUACCAUUAAUACAAGCAUUACAUCCAAGACCAAAAUUCCUAACAAGUCUAUCAAAAUGUGUCUGGCAUGUCCAAAACUGCCGGCAAUAGUACCGGAAGCAUCUCUCAAGAAAUGUAUUCAACCUGUAAUGAACACAGGUCCUUUGUCUGUUGUGCAACACCGGCCAUAUCAGAGCACAAACCCAUUCUUCAAUUCAGUGACUCCAACAAUAGCUGAGAGAGGACAAGCAGCACUGGCCGUGCAAUCUAUUGAGAACAUUUCCAGUUUUCCUAGAACUUCACAGCUUGGUUUAUUCCGCUAUGGUUUAUACCCGCCUACGUCUUUAUUUAAUGUCACGCCCAGUCCCAUCCAGGCCUCCAAUCCGCACAUAACAUGGCUGUAUACAGGAGUGUCCUCCAUGGAUCUGACCAGCCCCACAUUUGUAGUUCCUGUGUUUCCAAGGUAUCCUACCAACCCUUUUCUCUAAACUAAGCGAAUGGCAAUAAAGCUAAGCAAAAUUACAGCCUAAAAGGUUUUGUUCUUAAUC